AAAAAAGAAUCUGUUAUUCCAGUCAACGCACGACCCAGCGCAAUGAGUAACAAGCAAUACCACCACGCAUCCAAACCAAGCUCACUCGAUUUACAAUUAUUGACGUAUUCUUCGUAUUUUUUGUGCUGUUGACUUUGUAUACAUAUGUAUUUAUGGAACUGUGUUUGUUCGGCUUCGGAUUGCUAUCACACGACAACUGUGUCUCCUUUUUAGAAUCAUGAGCUUCGGACGGAGCAAUGUCAAACGGCAACUGCAGUUCACGCUCUUCCAUAGCGUCACUUUGAGGGUGCGGGUGGUUCCCCCUACUGGAAGCGCGGCGAGCGAGAGACAAAGCACAGAUUGACACGGUUAGCACUUCGAAGGCAGAGAGGCGAACAACAAACACUGCGCUUGGAAUUAUCCUUGGGAGUCAUGCCGCCGGAAGAUGAUGACCUCUUGGCGUCGUUGGGCGUCAAGAUGGUACAGCAAAGCUCCGUGGAAUCCAAGAUAAAACGAGUCAUGGACGCGCAAACGUCCAUACACGAAGUGAAGCGCGACGUCCGCCGAAGCGAACUCGAAGUGGCGAAGCUGCAGCGCAUGGUGGAGAGGAUGCAGACAAACGACCCAAGAGCGAGCACCCUCGCGGAAACACAACGCAAGCUGCGUGCAGAGGAGGAAAAAUUGGUACUAGAAGAUCAAUAUUAUUCAACUGUACUCUUUCUUUGUUCUUUCCAAUUGCAGUUGUUGCAAUUGUAUAGUACCGAUCCGCAGCAGCAUCCAUCAGUAUGGGCUGCCUGCAUUUUACUUUACCGGAAACAACCGCCCUGGUAAAAAAACUCCUGCGCGCACCUAGCUUCGUGGAGCAGAUUGAGAUGGACAGAUUGAGUCACACGGAUAUUUUGUCGUAUGUAAUGUACACCAGAAGCCCAAAAGCCGAUGAGUCGUCACUUUUAUCUGAUUGGAAAAAAAAGGCUCGACUAAAAGCGGAUCGCGAUCGGCUGCAGGGCGAAAUUGACUUGGGGCAGGACAUGAGCUACAUGAAUUCCGGCGAGCGUCUAAACGAAGACAAUCUGAAUUUCGUUCCUGUCGCAAGCAGCUCUCCCGAGGACAGCACCGGUCGUGGCUCCUUCGCGGAGAAUUUAUUGCCCAGCUCCUCGGAGCCGGAGCAACAUGCUCACCGAAAUGCUGCCACAGCAGCGCAUCAACAGGACCUCUCUUUCGGUAUGAAGACGUUUGGCGACGACGAAGAAGAUGGGAUCGACAUCCAGCGACGAGAGCGAAAGCGACGCAGAAUUUCCCCUGCGCGGGAAAAGGAACAGCACAUGACCGAGGAAGAUCUUUUUGGCGUAAUCACCGCCGACGUGGACCCGCACUCGAAGAAGAACAGGCAAAUCCAAGAAAAUAAUAAAGCGUCGGGUUCCUCGCACUGGCGCGUUGCAGACCAGGGCCGAGACUGGGAUUUCGUCUCGGACGAGUUAAGAAGCGAUAAGAUACAGGUCAAAACAGAAAUAGCCGCUUCCACGGGUACAACGCAACAGAAACGACCAAUGCAAGCACCACCAGCGCAAGCAAGCAGCACGUCGCAUUACGUCCAGGUAAAGCAAGAGAGUUCUUCCUCAGCGGAAGCUGUGCCACCGAUAGUGAAGCGGGAACGGCGGUCUUCGUCUAUUGAGGAGGAGCAGCUACCCGCGCCUGGCGCUGUAAUCCACGCACAGAACACAACUAGUAGCCCCCGGCAGCAAGCCAGUCGGAGAAGGAGCAGCUUGAGCCACUCGAGCGACGUGAUCGACAUGACGCAUCUGUGGACCGAGAUGCCCACAAAUCUAUGCAAGAAAAACUUUGCAGGUGUACAGAACUUGUGUAGCUGCAGACGUUUGUAAAACAGUGUCCUGCUGGCUAAAUGCAUCAUAGGCUGAUAAGUAGUUUCAUACGUCGUCUUUUCACGUCCAAGCGAUGAAGGUCCAUGACAGGUUUGUAAAGUAUGUUCUCUGUCAUGCUGAUGCAAAGUAACUACACCUCAUCCAAAACAUUUCCCCUGACACAGUUUUUUUCUUGGAUAGAAUCUGCUGCAUCUUCACCAGCAGAGAUCCAGUUCCGUCGACGAGGCGCAGAAGUCUGCGUCCCGUGGCAACAAUACGCAGCAUCACUCGCAGAACCAGUCGGGCGGAACCGGUUCCGUGGGCGCCACCUCCUCGCAGUACCACUACCCGACGGCCCCGUUUCGCAAAAAAUCCGGGACGAUCGCCAAACUUCCCUCAUCCCCCCGGGGCGGCGCCCGCCAAAACAAGGGGCCCGCGCGAGCGCGCUCGCGAUCUGCAUCCAAGGAGCUGGAUCAAAACUCGCCCCGACUUUCGCGCGCGCACUCCUCGCUGCAUCGCGGCUCCGGCGCGGAAGGCUCGCUGAAGCUGGAAGCCGACGACGACUUUUUUGUUGACACAAGGCAAAAUCGAAAUGCAGAUAAAAAUCACGAGGAGAAUUAUGAUGACGAGAAGGUCGACGGGAUCAGCUUUGUGGACGACUUUGUCGUGGACGAUUUCGACGACGACAGUAUGCAGGACGGCGGAUCCCCUAAUGAGCUGAUGUCCUGGCUCCGUGAUAAGACAGCAAAGGCCAACGCGAAGAUCGAGAAGCAGAAGCAGGAAGAUGAGGAGACAAAGCUCCGCCCCGAGUCCCGGAUCUUUCCCCUGAUGGGCACGCAACUGCAGCCCCGCAGCACGGGCGGCCUGGACAUGCGGGCCGUGCAGCUGCGGCAGAAGAAGCUCAAGGCCCAAAAGCAGUGGGACCAGGAGCACAAGGCCCGAAGCGUACAGGACCUGGAUUUGCGCACGCAGGACCUCAUCAAGUACGGUUCCACUGGAGAAGUGAACCCGGUGCGCGGGUUCGGCAAUCAUGAUGGCGCGCAUCAAAACGGCCGGCGGCGAAUGAUCCUGAAUACCCCCGGGGGCACGACGAGGACCACAGGGAAGGACAAAAAUCGCGACGACAAUGACGAUAAUGAUUCUACCAAUAUGGAUGUUGACAACAUGACGGAUAAAAAUACUCAUCGGGACGGUCCUCGCUUCCUGCCGCACGGAAAGAAGCCCCACAAGACGCACCACCAGCAGAUCAGCGGCACGCGGAAGCACUUGAAGGACGACGACCCGCGGAAAGUCCGCGUGCCCAAGGAGGUUCUCCUGAAACCCGCCCACCUGCGGACGGAGGCCGAGAAGGAGCUGGUGAAAGCCGCGGACCGUGCGCGUUUGCGUGCGUUCGACGACGUGGACGACGACUUUUACACGAAGCAGCUCGAGGAGAACCCGGAGCUGGACCAGGACACGCGCGCGAACCCGGAGAAGAACUCCUGGAUCGUGCCCGGCGAGCUGCGCAUCCCGAACUACAUCUGGGACAACUUUAUCACACAGAAAAAAACUGGCAGGUCAUAUUUGUAAUGCAAAAAUAAAUAGACAGAAAAACUUGUAUUGCAUAUCCUAAAUAGCAUGCUAUGAGGCCGCCCAUGGCACAUUUUUCUGUGUAUUUAUUUUUGCAUUACAAAUAUGCCCUGCCAGCUUUUUUCUGUGGGAUAAACUUGUACGGCUACCAGAAGACCGCGGUGAAGUGGAUGUACAACCUGCACAAGCAGCAGGUGGGCGGCAUCCUGGCCGACGAGAUGGGGCUGGGCAAGACCAUCCAGAUCGUGGCCUUCCUCGCCGCGCUGUACCACAGCAACAUCCUGCAAACCGCCACCACCCGGCAGUUCGGCACCGGGCCGCCAAAAACCGGCGGCGUGCUCAUCUAUGGAUUGCAAAAAUGUCUGGGUCUGGAAGAUUGCAACUUGUAAUCCUAAUUCUGGAUCAUGCAAAAAUCUGUGUUGCAUGAAUGCCAAAGGCUGUCCACUUUUGACCAAGUUGAGAGGAAGUUUCUCAUGCAGGAUAGGCAUGAUGUGGAUCUCACAGAAUUUGUCAUACUAGGUCUCGCAUUCCAGACCUCAUGGCUCAUGCAAAACGUGCAUGACAAGUGUCAGAAUCUUCCAGACCCAGACACUUUUGCAUUUGAUAUCAUCCUGUGCCCGACCACGCUGGUGGAGCAGUGGCGGGACGAGAUAAAAUCCUGGUUUAUCCUGAGUAAAAACAUACCCACACCAGAGUUGUAAUGCAGAUUUGCAAAGACAGGAAGACUUGUAAUGCGCAUCACCAUGAGAGCCAUUUCCAGUCGUGUUUUGGAAUUUGUGAUGCUGUGAACAGGAUGAGCCGAUGAAUCUGUGAUGCGGCUGCACUUGCUAACCUGCACUACACUGCGGAGCGCAACUUGUCAUGCGUGACUCACAAAACUCCUUGGUUUGUGUUGCAAAAUCCCCAUCCUGACUCUGGUGUGGGUACGUUUUUACUCAGGAUAUGGCUCCCGGUCUUUCGGGUGAGUAUCAUGCACCAGGUGGACGCCCAACUGAAGGAGGAGAUGAUGGAGAAGAUUACCGCGAACAACGGCAUCCUCAUCACUUCCUACGAAACGUUCCGGAUCUACAGCGAAUCCUUGAUUUUCAACUACCCGUGGACGUACCUGAUCAUGGACGAAGGGCACAAGAUCCGCAAUCCGGACGCGGCGAUCACGCUGGUCUGCAAAAAGAUCGACACCCCGCACCGGAUAUGUAUUGCAAAUAUGGCUGGGCCUGGAAGAAUGCAAACUUGUGAUGCUGCAUUUGGAUGCUAAGAAAGUCUGUAUUGCAUGAGCAGCAAGAGGAGUCAAAUUUGGCUACGCGGAGAGGGCAUUUGUCAUGUAGGAUGCGCAUCGAUAGGCGCUCAAGAAAUCUAUGAUGCUAUGGCAUACAUCACAGACAUCAUGGCUCAUGGAAACUGUGCAUGACAAACUUCGUUCUCCUCUUCCAGACCCAGACAUCUUUACAUUUGAUACCCGAUCGUUUUGUCGGGCACGCCGAUCCAGAACCGGCUCUCCGAACUCUGGAGCAUCUUCGACUUCAUCCAACCGGGGCUGCUGGGCACCUUCCCAGUUAUGCAUCGCAAAAGACAAAGAAUAGAAUCGCACUAGCAUGACUCGCAUAUACAAACUUCAGGCUCGCAACAAACGAAAAAUGUUGAAAUCUGCAUGUUGAUCUUCUACUCGGGCGGGCAUCUGUCAUGCAUGACUGCAGUUAGUGUCGUGAGUGGGAUACAAGAACUUUUGCACUGCCAUACCCGUGUUCCAGCAACAGUUCUCCGACGUGAUCGAAGCGGGGGGGCAGAUGACGGCCACGCCACGCAUGGUGGAAGCCGCGUACCAGGCGGCUCAGAUCCUCCGGGAGGAAACGCUGCCGUUUCUGUAUGCAGUGCAACUGUAUGUGUCUGGGUCUGGGACGACAAAGUGGACGAUAAGACCUGCGAUGCUCGGCCAACAAGAGUGUGCAUCCUGUCAUUGAGGUUGCGCAAAUAAAGAAAAACGGAUUCUUGUUGUUUGUCACGCAAAGCCGCGCUUUGUCAUGUGGAGCGGGCGACGGAAAGGCAUCUCAAAAGUUUGUCAUGGGUAACUAGCUAAGUAUGUUGUGGGGGGUGCUUGUUUGCUGGCAACUUCAGCCCACACCCAGACAUGUAAAGCAAAUUUGCAGUGGAUAUUCAGCUCCGGCGGACCAAGGCCGACGUGCAAGACAUCGUUCGGUUGCCGCCCAAGCAGGAGCAGAUCUUGUUCUGCAACCUGACCCCUCAGCAGUACCAGGUGUACCUGGACUUCCUCCAGACCGACAAGGUGAAGCAGGCGCGGAUGCAGGGCAAUUUGGCCGGCACCCGCACGGGCACGCCGCAAAUCUUCUUCAUCAUGAGCGUGCUGCGCAAGUUGUGCAACCACCCGGACCUGCUGCUGAAGGACUACCCGGACCUGCUGCCGCAGGACUACGGGGCGGUGAUGCGGAGCGGCAAGAUGCUGGUGCUGGGGGAGAUUUUGAAGCGCUGGAAGAAGGACGGGCACAAGGUGCUGCUGUUCACCCAGACGGUGCAGAUGCUGGAGAUUCUGGAGAACUGGAUCAGCACGGAGCUGCAGUACGAGAGCUUGCGGAUGGACGGGAAAACGCCGGUGGCGCAGCGGCAGCGGCUGAUUGCGAAAUUCAACGAGACGGAGGACAUCUUCGUGAUGAUCAUGAGCACCAUAUUCCGAGUAAAAACAUCCCCACCCCAGAGUUGUCAUGCAAAUCUGCAUGCCGAAAAUGUUUCUCAUGCGGAGCCCCAUGAGAAGCGCUUUCCAGUCGUGUUCUGGAAUUUGUCAUGCCCCAAUCAGCAUGAUAUGCUAGAUCUGUGAUGCUGCCGAGCUAGCUCAAAUAGCACUACACUGCGAGUCCAAAUUUGUCAUGCAAAACAGCCAAAACUUGUGGAUUUGUCUAGCCGAGUCCCCAUCUUGACUAUGGGGUGGGGACGUUUUUACAUAGGAUACACCAAAGUCGGCGGCAUCGGGUUGAACAUCACCGGCGCCAACCGGGUGGUGCUGUUCGACCCGGACUGGAACCCCAGCACCGACGUGCAGGCGCGGGAGCGCGCCUGGCGGAUUGGGCAGCAGCGCGAAGUCACCGUCUACCGUUUGGUCACGGCCGGGACGCUGGAGGAAAAGAUCUACCACCGGCAAAUUUUCAAGCACUUUCUGUCGCAGAAGAUUCUGAACGACCCACGGCAGAAGAGGUUCAUGAAAAUCAACGACGCGCAAGACCUCUUGACCGAGCCCCCACCGCCCCCGGGGUGGGACCCGAAUGCGACCCUGCUCCAGGACCACGACCAGAUCAGCAGCGGCUUCCCCCGCGCGGCGGGCGGGGCGACGAACCCCAUUAAUUUCGCCACCAAAGAGAGGUUUCGCCAGCUGUUCCAAAAGUUUAACCAAGGAAAGAAGAACGGCGCCGCGAACCCAGACGAGGACCAAGAUACGGUGGAAACCAUCAAACUGCUCGGGGACCUGAACGACAACCCCCUGCCCGAGGCCAACAAGCCGUCCGACGAGGCCAGCCAGGAAAACAAGGCGAUGCUCGCCUCCUUGCUGGAUCCGAGUCGGGGGCUGGUGCGGUCCAGCUUUUCGCACGACCGCGUGGAGCACGCUCCGUCGUUGGACUCGGGGCUGGUCUUGCACGGCCGGGAGCGCGCAAAGCAGGCACUGCAAGCGCUGGAGGCGUCCCGCGACAUGCGGCGCCAACACGCGGUCUCCGUGCCCACGUGGACCGGGCGGAAGGGCGAAGCGGGGAACACGAAGGCGGGCCGGGAUAAUUAUAAUAAACACCAUUUAUUCAACAUCGCUCCUCCUGCCGGUGGAACAACAGCGAGUGGAAGUGCUGGUACCAGCAGCUACAACAACGCAAAUGUCCCUACUGUGGUCCCAGGGUCCACCUCUUCGUCUUCAUCCUCGAGGGGCGUCAAUAACCCAGUCGUACAGGAGAAGAACGUGAUGCAGAAGCUGACGCAGCAGCGGCGCGAGCGGUUCGAGAAGCUGCAGCGGUUCGACAGCGUGAAUGCCGGCACGAACCAGUCGUCGGUGAACUCCGCGGUGGAGCAGUUCAAGCAAAUAAAGGCGAUCCAGCAGUUCAAGCAGGGCGGCGACAGCCAGAUGGAGUCCAGCAAGAAACGGAUCGUGCGCCGCGAAAACAAGCUGCAGCGGUUCGACCGCGAGCAGCAGGAGAUUCUGCAGGAGCGGGCGGAGCGGCAGGAGGAGCUGCUGGGCUCCCGCGUCGAGACCGCCGACGUGAAGCUGGCCAAGGACGUGCUCUCGUUCUUUCUGAACGACCGCGUGUGCCCGCACCGGUCGGCGAGCACCACCCAGGUCCUGGACCAUAUCAACUGCAAAUAUGUCUGGGUCUGGAAGGAUGCAACUUGUAAUGCUAAUUCUGGAGCGUGCAAAAAUUUGUGUUGCAUGAAUGCCAAAAGUGUCCACUCUUGGCCAAGUUGGGAGGAAGUAUCUCAUGCAGGCGAGGCAUGAUGGAGGUCGCGCAGAACCUAUCAUGUUAGAUUAUGUAUGACAGACCUCAUGCGUCUUGGAAAACCUGCAUGACAAGUUCGCAUCCUUCCAGACCCAGACAUAUUUGCAUUUGAUAAACCACUUCGACGGACAGGUGGCGCCGCAUCACAAACACCUAUUCAAAAACGUCCUGCAGGAGCUCUGCGUGCUCGACAAACCGGUGAACAAAAUGCUGCCGUCGGUCUGGACCUUGAAACAACAGUUUCGGAAAAAAUGAGGAGCGAACGCACUUGAGCAGCUAUACGUAGAUGAAAUGAAAACAAUCUCAUUGAUCAAGCGACACACAAGUUUGUUAGUAGUGCAGUGCUUCCUGAAGCGGAAGUUCCAGCGAGGACCUCUAUGCAAAUGAUAAAAACGCAGCUCGCACGAAGCUAUGCGCAGAAAGCAAACUCGUC